AUGAUGACAGACUUUGAAUGGUACGGAUGUGGGAGCACAGCUGAUGGUGAAUUGGGUCUCGGCGGUAUCGAUGAGCCAUGUGUUUCGACCAUGUGUCUCUUGCGACCACCUGGUCUGUUUGCCGACGUUCGGCUCGUCGCCACUGCUGAUCAUCAUACACUGGUUCUGCUGAACGACGGCUCCGUCUACGCUUUCGGCAACAACGACUUCGGUCAGCUGGGUCGAGAUGGACAGCGCAAAAAGCCAAAUGUCAUUUCCGCCCUACAGGGUCUUAAUAUUCGACAAAUAGCGUGUGGUUUGUCGCACAGCGUUGCACUGACCGAAGACGGUCACCUGAUAGCGUGGGGUUCGAACCUCCAUGGACAGCUCGGUGUAGAUAUGGAUAUAGCCCUCGUGGACCUUCAAGUCCGUGCAAACGAGAUCAACCUCACGAAAAUCAUGCAAGUAUGUUGCGGGGGAUUCCAUAAUUUGGCAUUGGGAAGCGACGGAACCGUAUUUUCAUGGGGUAGAAACGACUGUGGCCAGUUGGGUCUCGGCCACAGACAGUCCGUUCACAAUCCGGUUGCCGUAAAAAGCAUCAAUGGCAUCCCUUUUCGACAACUCAGUGCUGGUCAUUCGCACAGUUUCGCGUUGUCGUUGUCCGAGAAGCUGUUUCCGACGUUCGUCAGUUCGCUGCGUCGUCAGAAGAUAGCUCGGAUCGUUUGUGGUGCUGAAUUUUCGGCGGUAAUCACAACGGAAGGCCAACUGUUUACGUUCGGAGCUGGAAUGUACGGCCAGCUGGGACACGGGAGCGUGAACAACGAGGUGCUUCCAAAACAGGUGUUGGAGAUGAUGGGUUCAAGGGUCGUAGACGUAGCCUGCGGGAGGUGUCACACGCUGGUGAUGACUGCAGGCAAACUAUACGCUUUUGGACUAGGUAGUAGUGGGCAGCUUGGCAUAUCUGAUUCGAAAAUGUGCACCGUGCCUUGUCCCGUCAGCAUCGAUGGCGAAGUGGUUCGGGUAUUUGCUGCCGGCGAUCACUCUUUCGUAGUCGUCUCUCCGCAGGUUGGGCGAUGUUGUUGUAUUUUGAUUUGACG